AUGAACAGAGUCCGAGACUUUCAAUUCACGCAAUUGCUCAACUUCAACAGCCAGUCAAAGACCGUGACGCUGUUGGGUACGAUUGGCGACGACAAUGCGAUCUUGACGGUUGAGAAACUGCCAUUUGAAGUUACCGAUGAAGCGUACUUAAAACAGUUUGCCUCGCCAGACAUCUUUCCAGAGGUCAAGCAGCUCGAAAAUAACGACGUGUACCACUGGAACCUCGCCACUCUCGCGCAGGACGUGAAUAAGCGGCCCGGAGUCAAGAUCAACCUCAUUUACCCAGCAUCCGAAACACAUGUUCAAAAGUAUUCGCAGCAGCAAACUCGAAUGGUGGUCGAGACCCCUGAGCUGUAUCAGCAGGUUACUUGGCCAUACAUUGAGACUCAGCUCGGAAGCCGAAUCCAGUGGGUACAUAACAUUCUGUACCAUGGCAAGGAGGCGGAAGAUGUGGUGUAUCGAAAGGAGGAUUCGUUUGUUCUUCUACCUGACAUGAAAUGGGACAGAAAGAAUGUCAACUCCUUGUAUUUGGUAGCUAUCUCUUUGAGAAACCUCGAGGGCCAGGGAGAGAGUGGAAAGCCCAUUACUUCUAUCAGAGAUCUCAACCACUCUCACAUACAGUGGCUCAAGGAGCUCAGAGAAGACAUAUACAAGGUGGUCAAAGACAAGUAUAAUGUCGACAGGUCCUUUCUGCGGGUCUUUGUGCACUACCAGCCCUCUUACUACCAUCUCCACGUCCAUGUAGUCCAUAUCAACAACGAGGGUCUUGGAAGCAGUCAGCUGGUUGGCAAGGCCAUCUUGUUAAACGACGUUAUUGAUGAUCUUGGUUUCCUUGGAGAAAAGGGAUACAGUCAGAAGACUCUCACUUACGCUCUUGGUGAGAACCAUAAGCUCUGGACUGCCAUCAAAGCACACACAGAGGCUUAG